AUGGUGGUGAUUGCUGGUGGGGUGGGUAUGGUUCUGGGAGGCAAACGUGUCGUACUGUCUGGAAGUUCCUCCGUCAAGGUGUUGGGGUGCGCAGAUGUUGUGGCUCUGGUGGUCAGGAUAGGCAGACUGCGGUCUUCAGUUGACUGUGAGUGGUGCAGGAUGGAGUACUUGGUGAUAGAGACAGGAGGCAGUAGAUCUCUAGUAAAAGCAACUAAAAGGCUGUGGUCUGAGGAAGGUAUGACAGAUACAAAAGACAGGUUCUCCCAGACCCCGGAAGCGUACCUCCAGUCCCACCACGUGGUUUCCUACCUGAACCACGCUCUCACCACUCUAUACACCGUCAAGGACUCCGACCCUAAACUCCAGCCUUUCCGUUAUCUGUCAGACUACUUUGCACGUGUCAGCGCGGGUAAUCAUGUGAUACACCAGGAUUACAGUUAUGUCUCCAUUAACCCGCACAACAGGGCUAGUUUUGUGAAGCUAUUCUGGAGGGUUUUUAAGAGUAUAGGUAACCAUGGCGACCUCCUCACUGCUAAGGAAUACCAUGCCCUCAUGCAGCUGCUUUGUCCUGAUUUCCCUUUUACUAUUGUCCAAUCUGCUGCCCGGAUAAUCCUUAUGGACGAUGCUAUCUCGGACUGCUUGAUGGCUUUCCAGGACUUCCUCUACGCGUUUCAAGUGCAGUUCUGCUACAAUGAGUUCCUUAACUCGUGCAGGGAGCUGUAUUUGUCUCUGUCGUCUGAUAAAGGGGCGGCUACCGGGGGCACUACCCCCCGACUAGAAGGGGUCGAGUCUAGUAUAUUUCUAGACGGUAUAACGGAUCUAAUAGCCAAUAACACGUACCACCAUCCCUCCAUUAGGGUGGUACACAGAGUCCUCGGCAAGUCCCUCAAACCUUCAUUUUACACAUACUUGCUGGGCAUUGCUAAUAGUGACACUAUUAACGCCAGUAUUGGGGUACUACCCAAGAAGGCACAGUGCCUCGACAGUGAUUCAGCAGCCAAAUCCACUAAAUCAGACUCUUGA